GUCCAAUUCAUCCCAGUCUCUUCAAGCUGCUGACCUCCUCUGUGCGAGAUGAAUACUACAGGGCAAUGGAUGCACAACCCUGAUGUUACCCCGAGUCCUUCCAGACCUCGGCCCCAUUUUCCGUCAAUCGAGGUUGAUUUUCUGCCUCCAAAGCAAAGGCAGACACGUGUGCGUACAGGCUGCACGACGUGCCGUAACAGAAGGGUCAAAUGCGACGAAGGGAAGCCAAUAUGUACCAAAUGUCGAUUGGGCAACCGCGCCUGUACGUGGCCAGAAUCUGAUGAACGGAGAACAAGACACGUGAGAAGGGCCAAUGCGACAGCUUGCGACCAUUGUAGGGACAGAAAGCUCAAGUGUGUUGGUGACGUACAAGCUGCAUGUGAGAAUUGUCGAGAUCAGGGUUUGAUGUGUGCGCGGACUCAAGCAAGCACCUACAUGGAGCCUCAAAGCUCCCUGGCUGCUUCCACAUCGGACUCCACGUAUGCCAGGAUCGCUCCCGCUCCCACAGACUGGUCGACCGACUCAAUCCCGCCGAAUCCUUCGGAGAUCAGUGGCACCCGUAUCGAACGCUCUUUAACUUCUCCCGGGCAACAUAUCCAGAGCGAGGAGCCCACGCAAUCGAACUGUGCAGCUCCUACAACACCGUUAGGCCAGUUACCCCAGGGAGAAGAGCUUGAGCACCUGGUACAGGUUUACUUUUCCUCGGUUCAUGAUUUCGGCUUCUACGGGUUCAUCCACCAGCUCCACUUCAAUCGUCUGCUUGCUCAAGGUAAAGCUCCUCGAGAACUGACUCUUAUGAUGGUGGCCAGUGUCAUGCGCUUUGCGGCCGCGCCUACUGAAGAGAACCUAGCCAGAGGAGAUGCUUGGGCAGACGCCGCAAUUAGUGUCCUUCUGCAACAGAUCUAUCAAGGUUUUGGAGCAGUUCAAUUAAUGACCUUGCUACUGGCUCAUCACUACGACUUUCAUCGAGGCAACUUCACGUCUUCUUGGCUCCUAGGCGCUAAUUGCACGAGGAUGAUGCAAAUGAUGUCUCUUCAAACAUUCGACCGGACAUACCCUUCCACUUUCGCAUCCAAUCUGCGGUUGCCACUCCUCCUCUCAGCCGAAGCUCUCCGUCGUGUGGCAUGGUCUACAUUCUAUGCUGACUCGAUUGUCGAUGGUGGACGUUACGGGUUCCACAUUGUUGACGAGAACGCCUACCGUGUUCAGCUGCCUUGCGAUCCUACGAGUUUUCUGGCCGACGAGAACGUAACGACUGAGCCCCUUUUCGUUGACUUAAAUAGCACCUCAAAUACGGAGCUGGGUAUUCAAAACCCUGCCCAGCUCGAUAUGUCCGCAUAUCUUCUUCGAGCGGCGGCUGCACGUCGACGGGCACUGCACUUUGCUUUUCGGGCCUCGCAUAAGGAGCAGACGGUCGAAAGGCUUUGCGAAGAGCUGAUUGUCCUCAAAGCUGACAUUGAUAAAGUCAUAAACGAUUUGCCCAAGCGUUUCAUAUUCAAUUCCGACAACAUGUUUCUACACCGUGAUCGGCUUAGCGCGUUCCUUCUCCUACACAUCAUGCGGCACAACCUGUUUGUUGUCAUCACUCGGGCCGCCCUUCAAGUCUACCAGCGCGAUCUUACCAAAGCAGAUGAUACCCUACAGGUCCGGCGAGAAAGAAUCUCUCACGCUCUAGCCACUGCCAGUCUUGUCUUUGAGGGACUCAAAGCCGACAUCAUCUUUGACCCUCACAUUGGCAUCUUCGCCUAUGUCGCGUUGGAAAUUCUCCUAUUUGAGCCUCGUCGACUAGCCGAGGCGGAUUCCGUCACCGACACCAAGGCUCCCGAGCUGAUCGAUGCGGUCUACCGUCUCCUGGCAGUCCUCCGGGACCUCUCGGCGCGUUCUGAGAUUCUCAGACAACUCCGGAUUGAAGCCGUCCACCGUAUACUGAAAUGCGAAUGUGGACAUUUACUGGGCGAAGCGGAUUUAGCGGCAUUGCGAAGUGAAUACCAGCUCGCCGGUAGCGAUGCAGCCGAGUACGACUUUAGAGACUUCCGAUGGGCCAAGGUUGAAAGGAUUCGUCGCGGCGCAUGGUCAUCUACAUACGCUGCGCGCGAUGAAGGCCUACUUGUAUUUAAAAGUGGUAGGGACACGACUGUCCCUUCGGCAGCACCAUCACCUAGGCUUGAUGCGAUAGAAGUCCGGAAGUCCCUUACCCAACCUUCAGCACUGAACUCAGACCAAUCCAUGGCGUCUAGCUCACUGCAGGCGCCCGAAGGUCUGAGCAAGGACCCACAAAGCAUGCCGCAACUCGCACGACCAUGGUGGGGGCUGUCAGAACCUGAGAAUGUCGACCAGAUGUUCUCACUUGACUGGACCUCAUUUCUAGAUGAGUCAGGCUACCCUGAGGUAACGGAUUGGUAG